GCCAAGAGUGCAAAAUGUCACUUAUCACAUAAACAAUUAAUUAUUUUACGCAAGUUUUAUGUACAUAUUUGACUUUCUUAACUGUUUUUAACAAUUAUUGACUGACUAUUAUUGUAUUCAAUCGAUAGAUAUUUAAAACAAAUUAAAUGGGUACAAUAUAAAUAUUGAUUACGUUUGAUUUACGAUGGAUUUAUUAAUUACUUGAUUGGAUGGAAUGUAUAUCCAAAAUAAAGAAUACGAUUUAAGGGAGGAGAAUGAUGAUAAACCCCAAAAACCUAUGGAAGAACCUCCGGAGGAGUGGGCACCGUGGAACCUGGUGGCUUCUAUCAAGAAUCCCAAUGCGCCACCACCGGUCGCUGUCAAAACUACUCCAGGACCAGCGUGGGACAUCGGGCAGGUUCUGAAAGCAGGUCAUCUGCUGCGCAAACCGCCGGUAAAGGUGGACUUUGUGGAUGAACAGGAAAUGAGAUGCGUCUACUCUGUCAUCUACGAUGUUUUUCGAUAUAAAACAAUAUUAGAACAGGCAAUUGAAGAUGUUGAUUUCUUCGGUAACUUUCCAGAGUUGGUAAACUAUCGACACAUGGUAUGGUUAUUUCUAAUGGAACUCGCCAGAAGACGUUGGGGCGCCCGAACAAGGGCAGAAAUGGAAAGAGCUACGCAUCUAUUGAAUAAAUUUGGAUCGCCAUAUAUAGAAAUCGAACGUACCAUUUGGAACCAAAGAGUGCACUUUGCCGCUGCCAUCGCGAGGAUACGGAUCAAGAAUAAAGCAUUUUCAUUAUCCGAUCUACUGCCACUUCAUUUGCGUGAGGAACGUAUAUCGGCGUGCGUUAAUAAAGAAACUGUCACGGGUUGGGUGAACACCUUCAAGGCCAAAAAAGUAGCGUUACUUGUAAAAAAACUUCACGAAUUAGGAUAUUCCUACAGCAACUCUCGUCAGCUCUGUGCCGGGGAGUACAGAUUUGAUCGCGUGUGUCCAAGGUUCAUUACGCUACGUCCACCAGAAAAUACAGGCAUUGGUCAGCUGGAUUUGGUCAAAGAUGGAGUUAUAGUACUACAGGAACGCGAAUUCUGCGAGGGUGCAUCAACGCUAUGCAAAGUUUUACGAGCGAAUUCAUUGCGAGGGGUUGUGGCACAAACUCACGCGUCAUCUCCGCGCUGUUCAGCUUACUUGGCGGCGCAGCUUCGGGAGCUAGCUGCUGUAUUCAAAGCCAAGUUGCCGACAGCACCAGCUACUCCUGAGUUGGGCAAGUUGGUGGUGUUCGGUGCUGGAGACAAAGUGGAGAGUUACGUAUAUGCGCUUCGGGAGCUCGGCAUAGAAGCAUCUGAGUUGCUACACUCUGGUGCACCAGUGUGCGUGCUAAAGGAGCAGGUGCACUGUGAUACACCCACAGUGGCGAGUGCUCUCGACGGAGUCGUCGCUGUACUCGCAACUCCACCCAACUCUUAUUCUGCAGUUACUGAUCCUAUUGAUCUAGUCUGCGGCCGAGGUGGAGAUUUGGCUAUGCUUGAGGUCUUGACGGAAUCGGAGAUAGACGCUCAAGGCAAGGCUCGAGUACAAUCUAUUCUGGAGGAACAGAAAAGAACUUUAAAAGUUCUUUUGUCUAAACCACAGAUUCAGUUAAUAUUGUACGAAACGCAUUCAGCUCUGGAGGCGGAGAACCAAGCACAAGUGACACGAGCUGUCGCAGAAGCAAAUCGCCUGGCCAGAGAACGGCAUGCAUUACUCAAAAAGAAACACAAAGAACGGCCGCAUAAAGAGACUGAAGCCGUAGACUCUUCGAGUACUUUGGAAAAUACAAUAACUCGAUCGGACUUAGACAAAGAUAGCCAAGAUGAUUCUAUCAGCACUCCAACCUCCAAAAGACCUCCGUCAGGUUCUCCCCCCUCCACAAAUAGAACAAGGCCUCCGAGUGAAGAUUCGGCUCUGAAGAAACAAGCAAACAGUCUAGAUAUAGCCGCUCGGCCGGGUACGACUAAAGCAAGACCCAUUCCAGAGAUGCUCGACAAAGAUCACUUCCCAAGAGAUCCAGACAAGGAUAACCCUAAUAUAUAUGUGCCAAGUUGUGAUUUAUUUGAACUAAGAAAUUUGCCAAAUCUGGGAAACGGGCUGGACAUUAAUUACAUCCUGGACAGAGACGGCUGCUACCUUGGUCUAAUCCAAAGAAAGGAGAUCACCCGGCUCGACGCUAAGUAUAUGAUACGUGUGGCAGAGGAGCGCGGCCUCUUUGGGCCCUCACAGCAGCCGCCGUCGACGCGACGCAAACGCGAGGCCGUGUCCACCCCCAAACAACGGCGGCGAAAAGCAAAUGGCUUUGAGGUGGAGCGCAUAGCGGCGCCUACGUACGCGUCGAUGUCGCGGUCUUCGAGGCGUGGCAGCGCGCCUGCUUGCAUCGGUCGUGACUGCGCGCUCGAACAUGAUCACGAGCACGAGCAUUGUCUCGAGCAAAAUUUGGACGAAGUACAACCCGUGUGCUCGCGACACACUCGUCGCCAAGCCGCCGCCGCCGCAUUCUCCGCUGCCAUUUGCACUUGCGACGCAAGACACAGAGUGCAGAAGCGGCGCGCGUCUGCGUCUGCGUCGUCUCCCCCGCGAGCGCCGUCACCGCCGUGUCGUCGGCCCUUCCCUCUAGUGGUCCACGACCUGAGGCUGAAGGCUGUCGCGCCCUACAAGGUCCUCGCCUGACGCAUCACGCUCAUAUAUCAAGCAUAGAAAAUUGAUCAUCAAGAGAAAGGCUAAUUGAUGUAUCCACAAAAAUCGGCUUCGUUUUAGUCUAAUAAAAAAAUCGAAAAUUCAUCAUCAUUGUAAAAGCCAAGCCAAGCAUGAAUGUAACCGGAUAGAUACCGCGACAGAUUAUUAGUCUAUUAAAAAAAUCGUAAUAUAGGUUAUACUGAUUUUAAAAUGAAUAUAAUAGACUGUUGGCUUUUUCCUCAAUUUUGUUUUUGGAAUUUCAUUUCUAACUUAGACACAGAAAAGUUAGCAGUGUUUUGUAAAUAAGUCGUAGGACGUAUUUUUAUAGUUAUGUCAAUUACCCUUUUUUAUAUUAUAUUAAUAGUAUCUAAUAUUUAUACUAGCAAAUAGCCACAGUUUUUUCGUACAGAAGUUAAAUAACACAAUAAAAUUAGUUUUUCAUGAUAACUUACGUCGUUACUACAGUCGUUAAUUUGCCCGUAUUCUAUUUUCUAUGACGUCCUUUAUCUUGUUUUAAAAAAAAUAAAUGAACUAUUGUAUUUUAAUAUUAUGCGAUGAAAUAUCUUCAGACAAG